AGAGUUAUUUUUAAUACUUGCUUCUUAUUCAUCUAUCAAUCAUACCUUCUCAACAUUCCCCUUCUGCAGGUGCUGGAGAGUCAGGAAAGAGCACUAUUGUAAAGCAAAUGAAGAUCAUCCAUAAAGAUGGUUUCACCUACCAGGAGCGCAUGGAGUUCAGACCUAUCAUUUACAGUAACACAGUGCAGUCUAUCCUUGCUAUUGUGAAAGCAAUGACUAAGCUGGGAAUCAGUUAUGAAAACCCUGCUAGAAUUGAGGACGAAAGGAAGCUGUGUGCCAUGGCAGCCAGCCUGGAGGAUGGCAGCCUGUCCUGCGAGCUGGUGGAGCUGGUGAGGCGCCUGUGGAGCGACGGCGGGACCCGGGCGUGCCUGGCCAGGGCGGCUCAGUUCCAGCUCAGCGACUCGGCCGCAUAUUACCUCAACGAUUUGGACAGGCUGGCAAUGCCAGACUAUGUCCCUACUGAACAAGAUGUCCUGCACUCCCGAGUGCAGACAACUGGCAUCAUAGAGACUCAGUUUUCUUUCAAGGAUUUAAACUUCAGGAUGUUUGAUGUGGGUGGACAACGAUCAGAGAGAAAAAAGUGGAUUCACUGCUUUGAAGGAGUCACUUGCAUCAUAUUCUGUGCUGCACUCAGUGCCUAUGACAUGGUUCUGGUGGAAGAUAAAGAAGUGAACAGAAUGCACGAAAGCCUUCAUCUGUUCAACAGCAUCUGCAACCAUAAGUGCUUUGCAGCCACUUCCAUUGUGCUGUUCCUAAAUAAAAAAGACCUCUUUCAAGAGAAAAUAACAAAAGUUCACCUGAAUAUCUGCUUUCCUGAGUAUAAUGGACAAAACACAUUUGAAGAUGCUGCAAAUUACAUCAAGAAACAAUUUCUAGACUUGAACAUAAGGAAGCAAGAUAAAGAGAUAUAUUGUCACUUGACCUGUGCCACAGACACCCAGAAUGUCAAAUUUGUUUUUGAUGCAGUCACAGACAUAAUAAUCAAAGAAAAUCUGAAAGACUGUGGGCUUUUCUAACCAUUCAUUCCCUUGCUCAGAUCUUCAGACCACUUUCCUCUCUUCAUCUGAUGUGCUGACUGAAAUUAAAAAAAAAUUUCUAGGUAAGAAACAAAAUCAAUUAGGUACCUGUUAGAUUCAGUUAAGUGUUGGGUACAGCCCAACUGCAGACCAACAAAAAACUUCCAGGUAUCACAAGAAGAUUAGAAAAAUUGUUCCUGUUCUACAAAGAUGACAGCUGCAGAUAAACCCUACUGGAAUUAAAGUUACAUUCCUAUUUAAAUCAAUAUCAUAAAAUCAUAGAAUCAUAGAAUUCUUUGGUUUGGAAGAGACCUUAAAGAUAACCUAGUUCCAAGCCCCAUGCCAUAGGCAGGGACAUCUUCCACUAGACCAGGCAAUCAGCACUUCUCAGGAAACUGGGGACACCUUUGUCUUCUAGGGAUAGGAUGAAAAAAGAUAAUAUAUAGCAGAAAACUGACUUAUUUAUAACUGAAACCUAAGGAAAAAUACAGUUUUAGACAGUAUCACACAUAAUUUACCUUCUGUUUUGUAUUCAUGUUACAUAAACAACUGAAGGUGACAUCCCAUUAAUUCAACAAAAGAAAAGCCCCCAGACUUAGAUGGUGUAUGAUGAAGAGCAGUGCAAAUCUGAAUGUUUAAUUAUACUGUUUUCUUAGAAGAGCUGAGGGACAUAUGCAUAAAAACUGCAUACAUACUAAACUGACAAAAAUUUCCAGUUUGAGAAAAAUUAAACACUGUAAAAUGGAGGCAAGUUUCAUAAAUCCCCAAGAAGAAAAAAAAUAAUCAUAAUAACUGUCAGUUUCUGCAUAAGCCACAAAGGCAAGUUUAGUAAAUCCCAAAGAAGAAAAAAAAAAUUAUAAUGACUGUUAUUUUCUGCAUAAGCCACAAAGGCAAGUUGAAACAUUUUUGGUUUACAAUGAAAUAUAAUACUUUCUUAAAAUGCAAUUAAUAAUCCUGCUACUCAACAGGAAUGGCAGCAGUAACUUCUGCCCCUGCAGAGCAGAUGUAAACCCAGCAGCUCUCAUGGCAAAAGCACUUCCUUGGGACUUUGGCACAGAGCACCUUUCUCUACACAAAGACCUUGCUAAUGCAGAACUGAUCUCCUUUAACUCCUGUUGAUUUGUUGUGACUACCUAUAGGAGAUAUUUGACUAUUUUAAAUAGAAUGGGACUUUGUCCUGGUUUCAGCUGGGAUAGAGUUAAUUCUUUUCCUAGUAGCUGUCACAGUGCUGAGUCUUGCAUUUAGUGUAAGAAUAAUGACAGCAUUGACGGUUCAGUUGUUGCUCAGCAGUGCUGAUCCUACACCAAGGGCUUUUCAGCAUCCCAUGCUCUGCCAGUGGGAGAUGCCCCAAGCUGCAUGCAUGGCAAGGACAGCUGACCUGAGCUGCCAAAGGGAUGUUCCAUAGCACAGAACAUCAUGCCAGGCAAGGAAACUGGGGGUGAUUGGCAGGGGGGUUUGGUCACUGCUCAGGGAUGGGCUGGGAAUGGGUUAGCAGGUAGUGAGCAGCUGCAUCGAGCAUCCCUUGGUUUCCUAGGUUUUAUUCCUCUCUCUCUUAUUCAUUCUCCUUACUAUUAUUAUUGUCACUAUUGUUGCUAUUAUUAUUAUUAUAAUAUUUUACUUUUUACCAGUUAUUAAACUGUUCUAAUAUCAACCCACAGACUUUACCUUUUCCUCAUUCCCUUCCCCAUCCCAUGGCAGGUUUUGGUGUGUGUGUGAGCAAGCAGCUGUGUGGUACUUAUUUGCCAGCUGAAGAUAGAGCAUGACAGAGUUCUAAAAAUAUUCAAAUGAAAUUUGAAAUUUGGCCUUGAAAUAACAUGUGCUUUUAAAAUAGAAUCAUUGUUGUAAGGUUUUUUUCCACUUAGGUAUUUUUUUUUUUUAAAUACAUUUCAAACUAAUUUUCACCAUAGACUCCCUGUGUUCUGGUUAAUCUAAUUAGAACAGGGAAUUGGCCACUGAAGAGCAGCAUCCUGCAAUCUGUCUGCAUGAGCAGGGCCAUCAGGGUGAGUAGCUCUCCCAAAAGAAGUGAGAAGUGAAGAGCCAAAAUACAUUUUGUAUUGCCUGGAUUUCUGCUGCUGCCUCACUUGUAGUGCUUCACUUGAUUAAUUUCUUGUUUGCAUUGAGAGUAAUGGAUUUCUAAUGGUAAGUAUUCUGGAUUCAUUUCCAGCAAUAAAUCCAAUUUGGAAUGAAUAAUUUGAACUAUGGUGACAUCAAC